AUGGCCUCCUCGCAAACAACCCACCGUCUCCUCCGCGAAUUAAAAGACUACACCAACUCGCCCAACGAAGCCCUUCUGCACCUCGGCCCCGUCGACGAAGAUGACCUCCUCCACUGGGAAGCAGUGCUGAAGGGUGUCCCGGGGACGCCUUACGAGAAUGGUCUAUGGACCCUCUCCAUCCAAAUCCCACCAACCUACCCCCUCACUCCGCCGAAAAUCACCUUCAAGACGAAGAUCAGCCAUCCGAAUAUCAGCUUCACAACGGGGGAGAUUUGUCUAACGUUGUUGACUACCGAGCAUUGGAGCCCGGUGUAUACGUUGAGCAGUACACUGAGUGCGAUUCAUCAGCUGUUGACGGAUCCGAGGCCGGAUUCGCCGCUUAAUGUUGAUGUCGCGGCGUUGUUGAGGGAUGGGGAUGUGGCGGCGUGGGAGAGUUUGGUCAGGUUUUGGACGGAGGAGGAGAGGGCUACGCUAUAA